AUGGAACCCGCCCCGGCUCCUCUCCAUGGGCCUGGGGUCCCAUUGCCGCCCUCAACGACAUAUUCUGAUACUCGCUCUGAUACUCCUACAAGUCCCUCCGACACUCCAACCGCUUCGUCUCCGUCUGACCCUGUCGACUUUCCACCACCACCACCACCAGAGUCAGCCCACCACCAGAGUCACACUGACCGUCAGCUACCACCUGCUUCGCCAAAGCACGCUGCAUCUCACUCGAGAUCUCAAACUGUCGACCGUCUCCCCAGUUCUCAGAGCCCUACAGCUUCCGCCUCUGCUGUCGCCGCUGCCACUGUCGUUCGUCCUCCGUCGGGCAAACCCAUCAAGCGGAAGCCUCUCUCCUCUGCAGCCUCGGCCGUGGCCUUGCGCUUUUCUUCCUCCGGCUCUCCUCUCCCGUCCCCCCUCGAGCUCCCCAAGCCAGAACAGAGGUUCGCAAGGUCCUUCUCGGUGGACAGUCCGACCCUCUACGAGUUCUCCUCAGCCGCUCGCGCUUCGCCGCUGGCGUGCCAGCCCCCCGACGCGAGUCUGGCUUCCCUCAGCGCGGCCUCGCCCGUGUCGCGAAGCAUUCCACCACCGGCUCCUAGCCCUACCGUCUCAACCUCUGACUUCUCUGAUGUCCUGGACGGGUAUGACGAUCUGAUUCCAGACGACAAAUCAGAUUCCGUACCAGACGCCUUGCCCGAAACUGCAGUAGACCUGCGCGACGUGAACAAAGAAACGGCCGAGAAGCUCGAUAUCAACGACAAAGACACUGCCCUCAACAAAGUCGUCGAAACCAAAGUUAUCGACGUGCACCCCGACUCAGACCUUGACACGCGCGCUAUCCAACCUGAUAAUAUUAAUUCUAAUUCAUCUCCUGCGCCCAUGUUAGCUCCGAAGCCGACACCACCUCACCUCAAGCUCGACCAAGUUACCCUCUCGAUAACUACAGACGAGCCGCAGUCAUCUAGCAGCUCGCAAUCACCCGCAUCCUUGCACGCAAACACAUCACCACAGCUCAACAAGCCGUUACCCAGGUCACCAGUUGGCCCACCAGCCUCACCCUUUGCUGCUCUAUUCAGUUGGGCAGCACCUUCACCCUCGGCCACCGAGUUCUCCUCCCUAUCGACACCCGUCUCGCCCUCUCGGGGCGGUACAGCCAAUGAUACCCCUUACACCACCGCCACCAACUCCUUUGCGGAAUUUUCAAAGACCAACCCGAAUGCUGGAUACCGCGAAUCAUACCUAUCAUCACAACCUACACCGGCCCAACUCGAAGAAAUGGAGGACGAGUUGAAGGCUAUCAGCGUCGAGCUGGCAUCCUCCAUCCGUCGCGAGAUGGAUUUGGAGGACCUAGUAGACCGACUACAAGAACAAGUUAGCAACCCUCAGGCUCCCGGCAAGAGGAGCAGCGACUACUUCUCCGACUCUGGGUACAGUUCAGCCAAACUGAGCGAGGCCGACCAGGGCCGCGAGGAGAUUGAGAAAAUCCAGAGAAGAUCAGAACAAGAAAAGGCGUCAAUUCGGCUUGAACUGACCAACAAGCUCCAAGAUGAGAGAUCAAGACGGAGAGCCCUUGAUCAGCAGAUUAAGCAGCUGGCUGAGAGGGCAUCUCAGAUCGACCUUGCCGAGAUUAACAACCUGGAUGCCAAUGGACGACUCAAGGACCUCGAAAACACCUGCGGAGACCUUAGGAGACGACUCUCAGAGGAACGCACAGUUAAGAACAACUUUGAGGAUCUGCUCACUGCCCUCCGAGGUGAGUUGCAUGAUGCAUGCAAUGAGAGAGACAAUCUCCGCGACGAAAUUGUUCCUCAAUUGAGAGCCCGUGUCGAGGGUCUCGAAUCCGAGGCCGCCGACUAUUCCAACUUGACAUAUGAGUCAAGCAAGAUUCAGCAGGAGCUCCAUUUACUUAAGAAAGAAAACGAUACUCUGCGACACUCAGCAAUGUCAGGGACCUCAACACCCCCAAUGAACAGGAUGUCCCGUGCCAUGUCUGGUGGUCUCGCUAGGUCUAACUCGGUGGCAACCGGUUCAUUCCGGGGCCAACGACCUCCUGCCCUUCAGCUAUCGAGGUCGAAUAGCGUGAAGAAUAGCGGCCCAGCUGAGUCUCGCGAGGCCCUUUCCGAGAGGCUCAAGGAUGUUGAGGCACAGAGGGACGCCCUACACAGCGCCCUGAAGAACCUACUUGACAGACAAGAGUGCCAGAACCGAGAGAAUGAGAAGAAGAUCCGCAUUCUUCAGCACGAGCGAGAGAGGCUCUUAUCGGCAUCCCCCCGGAAGGGCGGCUUCGAACGAGACAUUUCUAAUUUGCGAACUGAGAUCAAUGUUCUCCGCCGUCGGGCUGAAGAGGCCCUUGAGCAGAAGUGGCAAGUUGAGAAGGGUCUGGGCGGUCUGAAGAUGGACCUCGAUAGAGCCGAGGAAGAAAUCGCACUUCUUCGUGAUCUUCUUAAGGAGAAGGAUAUCCUCAUCCCCCCCUCUUUUGCUCGAUCGAGCGGAUCUAGCACCGCUAGCAGUUCUUUCGGCAACCCCAGUGGCCCAGUGACAUCGGAGUCACUUGAGAAAGCUUACCAAGACCUCCAAGCGGCCUACCUCGAAUCCCUAGACCGAAUUAAGAAGCUUGAGCUCGGCACUGCCUCUGAUGAGAAGACUCAAGUUGCUAUGGAACGUCUAGAGCGCACCCUCUCCGUGGCGGUCACCGAACGUGAUGUUGCCAAGCAUGAGAUCGACGCUCUGAAGAACCAUUUCGACAAUGUCAGUGCCAGCGAGUCCAAGACCCUCCAGAGCGAAAGAGCUCUCGCAGAUGAGCUCAGCGAGUCGGCUCGCCGUGUCGAGGAACUCGCCUCUCAGAUCCAGCAACAGCUUGCGACAAACGCUUCCCUCCGAGAGCGUCUUGCUGCUACCAUCACCCGAGGCGAAGAUGAUCACAAGGCCAACUCGGACCGCAUCGCUGACCUACAAGUUCGCCUCAAGGACAUGGAGGAUCAACUCAUCUCCGCCCAGACUGCUUCUGAGGAUCGGGUCACCCGUCAUGAAGAGGAGAUCGCCGCCCUCCGAGAGGCUCACAACGAACAGCUUCGCCGCAUGGACAGCAGCCCUGGCCUCGGAGGCUUCCGAUCCCCUGGACUCCUAUCGCCUCGCAAGCCGUCACUUUUGAGCCCACUCUCCCCGAGGUUCCCGCUCUCACCCCGCAUUCUCGCCGAGAAGAGCUUCGAGGAUGCAGCCCAGAUGGACGCGCUUCGGCAGCGCGUCUCAGAGCUCGAGAAAGCUCUCGAAGAUGCUGAGAAUGAGAUGCAAGAAGUCGUGGCUAGGAUGAGCGUUGCGCAGAUCGAGGUGCUGAACCUUCAGGAGGAGCGUGAGACUGCUGUGCGAGAGACCCGCCGCCUGCAGAAGAUAAUCGAGCAAGAAAAGAUGAAAUCCUUUGAGGAGCGAUUCAAGACGCUGAGCGUGAACGCUUAA